CUUGCCCUAUAUCCUCUCUUUUUCUCUCCCACCGACGCCACCGUCACUCUCCCUCGCCACAAAACACUUCCAACGAAAAUUAAAAAAAAAAAACCCAAAAUCAGAAAUACAGAAAAAAAGGAAAAUUUCCAGUCCAAAUCUGAUCGGAAUCGGGGCUCCCGUCCGUCCGCCGGAAUGUUUCUGUUGGACUGGUUUUACGGCGUUUUGGCAUCUCUAGGGUUAUGGCAGAAGGAGGCUAAGAUCUUGUUCCUCGGCCUCGAUAACGCCGGCAAAACUACGCUCCUUCACAUGCUCAAGGAUGAGAGAUUAGUACAACAUCAGCCGACUCAAUACCCGACAUCUGAAGAGCUGAGUAUCGGAAAAAUUAAGUUCAAAGCUUUUGAUUUGGGCGGUCAUCAGAUCGCGCGUAGAGUUUGGAAGGAUUAUUAUGCCAAGGUCGAUGCUGUGGUUUAUUUGGUGGAUGCAUACGACAAGGAACGUUUUGCAGAAUCCAAAAAGGAACUCGAUGCACUUCUCUCAGACGAGGCACUUGCGAAUGUCCCGUUUCUGAUUUUGGGGAACAAGAUUGACAUACCUUAUGCAGCCUCGGAAGAUGAGCUGUGUUAUCACCUGGGCCUGACAGGUGUGACUACGGGCAAAGGAAAGGUCAAUCUUGCAGAUUCUAACAUGCGCCCUCUCGAGGUAUUCAUGUGCAGCAUCGUGCGCAAGAUGGGCUAUGGUGAUGGUUUCAAAUGGGUCUCUCAAUAUAUUAACUAGGGAUUUGGUUUCAAACGAACGUAAAAUAUCUCUCUUGAAGAAAGAAAGAUGGAAAGGUAAGAAGAAGGAAGAUUCAUUUCUUUUCGGGUGUUGUGUUUGUAUUUUUGCUAAAACUUGUAUUCUUUGCACUUUGAAUCUGGUAAAGUAGGGCGAAAUCUGAUUGCUGCAACUGCUCUGUAUAUAUAUAUUUUUUUUGUUAUCUGACGUUUGAACUUCUUGGAGAAUUUAUGUUACCAGAUUUAAUGUCUUUUAUUUAUUUAUUUAUUUUUU